CGCAUUCAUGCUGGCUCAGCGCAGCUAGGGUCUUUGUUGAACCCAGCGAUACAUCUAUUGCCAAAGCAGAAAACGGAUGCUGCAUGAGAAUAUCGAUGGCCAUAGGUUAUCGACUCCAUCGUCCAUAAUAGGGAAUUGAGGACUACGACAUCUACGGCAUUCCUUGGACAGUACAAAGAAAAUUGUUACUGAGCUGACAUCGUCUUGUAUACAAACACAGCCAUCCGUCUUCUUAAGGUGGUAUUGUGUUGUGUGGUUAUUUUUCUUCCUAGCUCAGCUCGACAUUUUUUCCAUUGCGCUCAUGUUUUGCACAUUAUACAUAAUGAGAGCGUUUCGCCACUAAAGGAAUACUGGUAUUCCUUUGGAUUUACUAGCUAUCAUGAAAGAAGAUCGCUUCUUUUUGGAAAGGCAGUCGAUGGCAUUGGGAGAAGGAGUAGGGAGACACCGUUCCAACUGCCUCGACGUUACCUUGGAACAGAGAGUGCCCAAGAGGAGCAUCCAGCGGCCUGCCCUGCACUCUGUCGUCAAGUUGCCAUUUCAUUGAAAUAGUGUAUCAUAGCACCAGUUUGGCAUCAUGGAGACGGUGGGGAAAUUCGAGUUUAGCAGGAAGGAUUUGAUCGGACACGGAGCCUUUGCUGUUGUGUUCAAAGGAAGGCACCGAGAGAAACACGACUGGGAGGUAGCUGUGAAGUGCAUCAACAAGAAAAACCUGGCAAAGUCACAGACCCUUUUGGGGAAAGAAAUAAAGAUUUUAAAGGAACUGAAACAUGAGAACAUCGUUGCUCUACAUGACUUCCAGGAAACGGCGAGCUCUGUGUACCUAGUGAUGGAGUAUUGCAAUGGAGGAGACCUUGCUGACUACCUACAUGCCAAAGGGACGCUGAGUGAAGACACCAUCCGGGUGUUCCUGCAGCAGAUAGCGGGAGCCAUGCGCGUGCUGCAGGCCAAAGGCAUCAUCCACCGCGACCUGAAGCCCCAGAACAUCCUGCUGGCCCUGCCCCCCGGACGCAAGUCACACUCCAACAACACAUGCAUCAAGAUAGCUGAUUUUGGAUUCGCCCGGUACCUCCAGAACAAUAUGAUGGCCGCCACCCUGUGUGGUUCCCCCAUGUACAUGGCCCCCGAGGUCAUCAUGUCCCAAACCUACGAUGCCAAGGCGGACCUGUGGAGCAUAGGAACUAUCGUUUUCCAGUGCCUUACAGGGAAGGCCCCUUUUCAGGCCAGCAGUCCCCAAGACCUGCGCUUGUUCUACGAGAAGAAUAAGAACCUCUCACCCAACAUUCCCAGAGAGACUUCCAGCCACCUGAGACACCUGCUUCUUGGUCUUCUACAGAGGAACCAUAAAGAUCGCAUGGACUAUGAUGAGUUCUUUCGUCAUCCAUUCCUUGAAGCAAGCUCCAGCAUGAAGAAGUCUACUCCCGUGUCUCAUCAGAGCUUCCCCAAUUCCGCCUCAGCCAGCUCCUGCAGCAGUUCCUCCACCUCACACCUCGCCUCACCGCCUCAGUCCCUUGCGGAGCUGCAGCAGCUGCGUGUGAAGCCGGUGCCGUCCCCCACUCUGGAGUCUCCUGCCUCCCUGCUGAAGGACUCGUCCUCAGGGGGCGCUGGGGGCGGGAGCAGCAAGAACUCCUCCUGUGACACUGACGACUUUGUCAUCGUCCCCGCCAGCUUUGCCAGUGAAUUGGCCAGUGAGAUACCCAGCAGCAGUAAAGUUCUGCAGGACAGUCUCAUGUACAGUGGUAGCUCACUGCUGACCUCUGGUGGCGUGGGCAGUACAAGCAAGACCCCUCCUCGAUCCCCCUCAUAUAGCGGCUCACCAGGACCCUCUGGCAGGCUCAGUGAAUGCUUGGCAAGUAACUAUAGCAACUAUGGCCAGUCGGUGCCCAUCCCCGUCCCCACUCAGAUCCACAACUACCAGCGUAUGGAGCAGAACCUCCAGUCUCCCUCUCCACGACAAGACUCCUCCCCCAGGUCGGCUCCCCCGGUGCGUCGGUGCAGUAGUGGCGGCUCGCUGGGUUUUGGGAGGACGGCCCCCUCCCCUCCCCACUCGGGGCCCCACGGCUCCUUUGGGAGGACGGCCCCCUCCCCUCCCCACUCCGCACCACACGGCUCCUACCUGACCUCACGCAGGCUCUCCACGGGUGCCGCCAAACCCUUCCAGCUCUCCCCGCAGGUGGGCACUAUCCCUGAGAUGCCGGGUCAGACUGCCCCACUGGGCGCCGAUCUGGGUCAAUGUGGAGCUCGCAGCAACGGCUCAGAGGGCAGGCUGCAGCCCCAGGGCCUGGGCACCAGACUCCACAGCGCCCCCUGUCUCCUGGAGGUUGCGGGUGCGGGCGCGCGCCACAAGAUCCGCAAGCAGCACUCGGACCCGGUGGUGGCGCCCCCUGGGGGCAUGAUGUCGCACCAGGGGGGCAUGAUGGCACUGAGGCCCCUGCACUCCUCCCCACGCCUCAGCGAACUCAUCCAACGCAGCCCCCUGCCCACCAUCCUGGGCUCCCCCUCCAGGGCCAUUCCUCCUUUCGACUUCCCCCGGACUCCCAGCUCGCCCAACAUGGUCACCUUCCUGGCGCAGCAGGGCCUGGUCCUGGCAUCGCCUAGCAACCGGCAGGCACACGGGGACUCCGGGCCCUACAGCCAGUUAGAGCGCACAGGAGGAGGAGGAGGAGCAGAGGAGGCCAGAGGAUUCGUCAGGUCCCAGAGCGCUGGUCGCCUGUCGGACAUGCUGUUGAUGGCCGCCUUCGGAGGGCCACUUGGGGACAGAGGGAGCUCCGAGAACCUGAGCAGUGACAACAGAGCCAUAGACAUCACAGCGCCAUCUGGUGGAGGCCCCAUGGUAGCAGGCUCAGGCAGCCCUGCGAGGGUGGUGUUCACCGUGGGCUCCCCACCCAGUGGAAACACUCCCCCACAGACCUCACGCACUCGCAGAUACUCUGGAUCUUCCAGUUCCAUCAGCCCCGCAGGGUCCUUCACUGGCCGCUACCACCAGACAGGCAUCUGCAUGGACGCCUGCGAGGGGUCCUCCAGUCCCCGCUAUGGCUUCUCUGACCCCAUCUCCUCCCACGUCACCUUUGAAGCCCCAGAACUACCUGAGGAGACACUGAUGGAGCAGGAGCACACAGACACCCUGAGGCGGCUGCGCUUCACGCUGGACUUUGCCCGCUGCAUGGUGGAGGUGGCAGGGGCGCGGGGAGGAGGAGAGAAGGAGGAGAAGGCCAAAGAGGAGGAGGAGAAGGAGACGGAGGAGGAGUGGAGCGAGGAGCAGACGGAGGAGGCCUUUUCCUACACCACCUCCUCCUCUCUACUACAGCAGCAGAGCAUCGUGGCCGACCAGAUCAGCUCCCUCAGCCGCGAGUGGAGCUAUGCGGAGCAGCUGGUGCUGUACAUGAAGACGGCCGAGCUCCUCUGCUCCGCUCUCCACACUGCCAUGCAGGGCAUCAAGGAGGGCAAGCUCUACCCCUCGGGCACCGUCAAACAGGUGGUCAGACGGCUAAAUGAGCUGUACAAGUCCAGUGUGGCGGCGUGUCGCUCCCUGAGUGGGCGUCUGGAGCGCUUCUUCUCCCGUAAGCAUCGCCUCAUGGACCACAUCAACACCAUCACCGCCGAGAGACUCCUAUUCAGCCACACCGUGCAGAUGGUCCAGACAGCUGCACUGGAUGAGAUGUUCCACCAGGGGGAGCUCUCUGUGCAGCGCUACCACAAGGCCUUGCUGCUGAUGGAGGGACUCUCCAUGCUGCUGACCGAGAAGGCAGACAUCCUCAGCCUCAGCAAGUGUAAGCAGUGUAUUGAACGGCGUCUCACCGCUCUACAGUCUGGCCUGUGUGUGUAAACGCCCCUCCCUCCUGUAGCGGGAGAACAGACCACAUGCAGCUCAAGCAGCCCGGGACAUCUUGACACCCACCUCCCUUGCUUCCAUCUCUCUCUCUCUCUCUCUCUCUCUCUCUCUCUCUCUCUCUCUCUCUCUCUCUCACUCUCACGCUCUCUCUCUCUUUCUCUCUCUCU